AUGCUAGAUGCUAUGGUCCCCCCGCAUAUACCUGGCUAUACUAUUAAGCGUGUGCUUACCAAAGGAACGACUUCAGUUAUUGCUCUCGCUUCGAAUGAUAAGACAUACGAACCUGUUGCUUUAAAGAUUUUUCAUAGAAAAAUAAUCUCCGAUAAAGGUAUCAUAAAAUAUCUUGAGUCAGAGCUUAGGUUAAUAUUCAGAUUUGAUCAUCCAAGUUUUCCAAAAUACUACGACGUUAUUUAUACUGAAGACCACAUCAUCUUAGUCAUGGAAUUUUUACCAAAUGGAAACCUUACAGAAGCUGUCAAUAACAGAAUAUGUUUCUCAUAUAAAGAAAGACUGAAUAUCUUAUAUAAAAUUGUCGACGGAAUCGAUUAUUUGCAUCAAAGAGGCAUUGCACAUAGAGAUAUUAAACCAGAGAAUAUUGUAUUUGAUGCCAAUAAUAAUCCGAAGAUCAUUGAUUUCGGUUUUUCAAGCGAAUGUGCUCAUUAUUCAGAUACUUUUUGCGGGACUCGGGAUUACAUGGCCCCAGAAGUUAUCAGACUUCAGUCCUAUGAUCCUAUGAAAGCAGAUAUAUGGUCACUAGCUGUGACCGCUCAUAUUUUAAUGACUUCUCAAUUUCCAUACGAGUAUACUAGCGAAGCCAGAUUCUUGAAUGAAAUCAAAGCUGGUACUCUUCAGUUUCGUAUCAAUCUUCCUGGUGUUCUUGGACAAUUAGUCCAAAAAUGCUUAUCAUACCAGCCUUCAAGUCGCCCUACAUCCCGUCAGUUACUUCAAGACGUUAGAAGUUUGAUGGAAGGAGAUUUUGCUCUGAAGACAAUAAAUGUUGAUAGGCAUGGUUUACCAAAACUAAAUAUGAACAUAGGAAAAACUAAAGAUAAAAGCGCAACUGGAAGAGAUAAUCCGAUUCGGUUUACUACAGGAAGAGCCCCAACGUGCUUUAGACUGCGCAAAUUUGACAGUUUCAAAUAG